AUCAACGAUUGUAUUCCAAAUCCUUGCAAGUGGGGUACUUGUGAAGACGCCUACAUGGACUAUAACUGUACUUGUAAACCGGGCGCAACUGGAAAGAAAUGUGAUAUCAAUAUUCCCGACUGUGUUCCAUACAAUCAGACCGUCAAUGGUGUUACGAAAACGUAUAAAAAUCGUUGCAUGACAAAAGACAAAGACGCAAAAUGCAUAGAUGAACUUGCAUCGUUUUCAUGCAAUUGUUCAGCAAUGUAUACUGGAGAAUUUUGUGACCUCAACAUAAUCAUCAAAGAUGUGCUGUUGGCAGUUUACGGUAGCGUCAAUUUGGAAAUGAUACCUAUGCUGGAAGAUCUGCUGAAAAACCCGUCUCAAAUCAAAGACAUGGUUCCUUUUAUCGUUGGGUUGCAAGAGGACGAUAAUCGCACUUCUUUGAGCUGGGACUAUUCGGAUAUGUUCCUGUGGGCUGCAUUCGAAGAGAAAAUGUUGGACCUUGAGUAUGUUUCUCAACGGUUACGGUAA